AUGCAGUUGGGACUCGCAGCUCGCGGCCAGUUCUACGAUUUCAGUAGCACCGACCGCCACGCACAGCUGAAAGUGUCCCCGAACGGAACAGCGAGACUUCCAUUGGUUGACUCUCUACUCCAGGUACCCACUCACACUCAGGCGACAGCCUUUACCGACACUUUGAAGACUGUGGCGAGCAUGAGUGUCGCCCAAUCAAAGGCGACUGUCAAGUCGUGCAAGACGCAAAUUGUGAAUGCGGACGACCAAGAUCACAAGGCUGCCCUCAGAUUACACUUGGGAACCCAGCAAGAGCUCAUCGAAAUCGCCGAGUACCACCUCGAUGCUAAGCUGAAGGCGUCGCAGGCCGACACUGCUGCAAAAGCGGCCGCUCGAGACGGCGAGGACAGGCGUGCAAAGGCUGCUAAAGCUUCGCUCCUGGCCUCAGAGGUCCGACUCGGACGCACGGCUCAGAGCGCGAGCGGGAAUGCUGUCGCAUGA